AUGACAGGCGCUGCCCCAGGCGCUGGGCCGCCUCCGCCAUCCGAUGAUAUCGGAGGCGGCUCGGAGGAUGAGGGCCCUGUGAAGAAGCGUCUUCGAGUAUCUCGGGCUUGUGACCCGUGUCGUCGUCGAAAGGAACGCUGCGAUGGUUCACAACCCACAUGCCAACGAUGCAUCAAAGCCACGAGGCCUUGUUCUUAUAUCCCUUACCGGAAGCGAGGGCUCCGUACCGGCUAUGUCAGAGGCAUUGAGAUCCUCUUAGGGCUCCUCAUCCAUUCAUCCCCUGGUACCGAGGACCUCAUAUCCGCCGUACUUCGUCACAAGGCGAACCAAUCCGCGCCCUUGGGUCCUACUUCUGCCCCUCCGACCACAUCGCUGCUGAAGUCAUGGCGCAAGAGCACAGCGCAUGAGAUUCUCCAGGGAGCGCUCCUAUCUUCGGAUGAUGACGAGGAUGAAGAUGUGUACCUUCAGAACCUGGAUGACAAGCUCACAUCUACAUUCAACGCGCUGCCUCGCCAGUACCAAAAUGCUAGCUCUGGGGAUCUUUCAAAACCAGCUAACGUAAUCAGCCAUCUCCCGGAGAUUAUCUCACCUGUUGUUCCAUUACCAUUCCCUAAACAACCACAGCCUCCUGCUUUCGGUGACCUUAACCAAAAUGUCUUUUCUAUACCCACAUUGCCACCGAACUGGUCCCAGUUGGUUGAAAUAUACAUGACCAACACCCAUUGUUGGUUACCAAUAAUACAAAAGUACACAUUGUAUCGCUCCGCAAGCCUAUUAUGCGGUCCGGGAGGUCAAGGUCAAGGUCUGAAGCCAUCCUCAGGGGAAAUUUGUUCCCUCUGGGCCGUCCUUGCCUAUGGAUCACAUCAACUACUAGUUCUAGAUCCAUCCGUGACUCCUUCCGGAGCUUCAUUAUAUGCCCUGGCCAGGCAUAUGGCAAACCAGGGGCAAGUAGAAUACGAAGCUGGUCACGUGCACGCCCUCUUAACGUUAGCCCUGCUAGAGAUAAGCCAAAAGUCUUGGAUGAGUGCCUGGCUAUGUGUGGGCAGAGCAGUCUACAUUGCCUCUGGUCUCGGAAUUGUUCCUGCCAGACAAGGACCGAGUAUGCUUAAUUCCGACGAUAGUCGCCAAAGACUGGCCCUUGGCUGUUUUGUGCUUGACACACUGAUUGCUUCUCGGCUUGGUCUCCGUCCAUACCUACAACAGAACGACUUCUUUGAUCUUGGAACUCUCAGUAGCGAUGGGAUCGAGGAAUGGGAACUCUGGCGCCCCAUUACCAAUACGAACAUGCAACCAGCCUCCUUCUCUCCCGGGCCAAGCCGAGUUCUUAGUACAUUCAACCACUUAUGUUACAUUGUUGCUAUUCUUAAUAGCCUAUCAUGUUCCUCUCGUCACAAAAACGAAACAAUCCGCCCACAUCAAUACAUCAGCCGGCUGGAGGAAUGGAACGAUAGAAACCCUCUUCGUGACUGCCUUUCAAUUUUCAAAGAUCCCUCUAAACUUGCGUCGGAGGCACCUCACACUCUUCAGCUUAGACUUGCGGCCAUGGCAACAUAUGCAAUAUUAUCAAAUGAACAUUAUCGCCAGCCAGCCACCACAAGAGAAGCAGGUGCUUCACCCAUGGUAAUCCAUAAUUCUCUGGCGGAGAGUCAAAGAAUCCUACGCGACCCGGCUAUUAAGGCCACCAUGGUAAAUUGGACACAGGUUUUGCCAAUAGCCAGGAUCUUUCUUGAGAUGGUGCAAGCAAAUACAAAUCUCAUUACCAGCACAUUAGUUUCGGCUUCAUGGAAUCACCCAGUACUACGGCCUGGAGAGUCUAUGCAAUCCGAAAGCAUUCCUCCUCAGAUAUUGAACGAUUCUUUAGCUAUGGACGAACAAUUACUCGUACCCACAAUGGCUAUUCCAGGUAGCAAUGUAUUUGGUGGUGUCAAUGAUGAGAAAUCCUUUUCAGCGAAAGACCAAACCUUCCAAGCGGUCCGAGCCGCACAGACCAUUGGAAUGUCCCCUUCGACAAACAAAAUGAGUUCGCCCAAUACGUCGAAUGAGCCAAACAAGUCAAAGAGCCCACUAGGCUCAAUCGUAACGCCCCCACUCUCCAGUCAAACAAUCAGCCAAAUCCAAGUAGGCGGGAUAGGUAUGGAAAAUCAGCUCGCAGUUUCCAACACAUCAUUGUCCGAAACGAGUGACCAGAACGGCCUGUUCAAUCAACUUAGUCUAUUGGACCGGGCGGAUUGGCCAGUCUUCUCAGAAGAUUUCAUGGAACAUCUGGGUCUCUCUAGAGAUGGCUCAUUACUGGACUACCAUAAUAUAUUUGACCCUUCUUCACCCAGGUUUAUUUGA